AUGCUCAGGUUAGCUUCGAAACGAACCCAAUUCAGAAUGGUUCAUGUUGAUGUUAUAAAGGCGCUUGAGGAUAAUUAUAUGUAUGCGUUCCGAAACAAUGAAAAUGAUACAAGAAUUCUUGUGGUUGAUCCCGUCGAGCCGAAGAAGCUUGAGCAAUUUGCGGCGGAGAGAAAACUCAACAUACAAGGAGCACUUGUAACGCAUCAUCAUUGGGACCAUGCUGGUGGCACUCCAGAGUUUCGCAAAAUUCAUCCUGACGCGAAUGCUGUUCCGAUUUUUGGCGGAGAUACUCGGAUUGAGAAUGUUAGCACGCUUGUGAAGCACAAUGAAGUUUAUGAUGUUGCUGGCAUGAAGAUCAAAUGCCUUUCAACUCCAUGUCAUACCAGCGGACAUAUUUGCUAUCAUGUUACUUCAGAUGAUGGGCAUGGAGUGGUUUUUACAGGAGAUACCCUUUUUAUUGCGGGAUGCGGAAAGUUUUUUGAAGGAACCGCUCCAGAAAUGCACAGAAAUUUGAAUGAUGUGCUUGCGAAACUUCCAGACGAGACAAAAGUGUACCCGGGACAUGAAUAUACAUUGAGCAAUCUGAAAUUCGCCAAGGAAUGCGAGCCGAACAAUAAAGAUAUUGAACAGAAAUUGGCAUGGUCCGCUGAGAAAAAAGCGAAAAAGGAAGUGACUGUGCCAUCGACAAUUGGAGAAGAGAAACGGAUAAAUCCGUUCAUGAGAGUUGCAGCUUCCGAGGAAAUUCGGAAGUUUAUUGGAACGGAGGAUAUGAUUGAAGGAAUGAAACGCCUUCGUGAAGCCAAGAAUAAUUUCCGAGCUGAUAUUUAA